UCCUCCCCGACCCUCGAUCGCAUCCCUUCGCCAUAUUGUCCGUAACCUCGUUGUUGCUGUCCUUCACCCUUACUUUCAACCUGUCCCAACAACUUUGAUCUUCAACCUUCUAGACCAUGGCCGUACACUCUCUUGUCGGAUGGAAACGCUAUGCGUCAAUGGUGCUAGCACCUCUUUUGUUUAGUUCAACUCCGUUACCAUUUUAUGUAUGCGUAUUGCAUAUUGCAGGGCGACUCCAGUCGGGACUGCAAAGAGCUGCCUAUCCUGUCGGUAUGUGUUCCAGGGAACAGACGAAUAAAAUGUUUUUGGCGGUAGCGCGACUAGUAUGCACUCAGCGGAGCCUUUCCUGUGGCGGGAUCCAUUUAUUCGUGCGCGAUGGUUUGGUGUGGGCAGGUCGGGGUACCUUUCAGCCCAAAUUCAUUGAUCCAGGGUCUGCUAAGUGGGCCGUGUUCUUGAUGUUGUGCUAUCGUGCGCUGAACACUUCCAGCUUCAAACUGGACGACUCAACUGUUGGUGAAAGUAUGCUCAAACCACUGCAGCCUCAUAGCAGGCCCAGGCGAUUGAACGUCUGGAAGCAUUUGUCUCACUUUUACUCAGCCUAUUCACAUAUCGGAUCUCUGGGCAAGGAAAAAACUAGCGACUAGAUCUUCGAUCCUCCGUCCAUGACUGAGCGCUCUCACAUAUUAUUGGAACUUUGCGUUCUUCUUCC